AUGUCUACCAGCCACGUGCCUGUUAUAGAGAAAAUAUUGGGCGAAAUAGGUUUGCAAGCAGCUAUUGAACGCUUCAAGGCCGAGAAGAUCGACGAAAAAAUUGCAGUGACACUAAACGAUGGAGAAUUGAUUCGUCUGGGGGUGGCAACAAUCGGCGACAGAGCAAGAUUUCGUCAGCUAUGUCGCCAGCAUGGUUCAGACCCUGUCGCACAAGUUCAAGGCCGUGAAGGUCAAGGAACUUCUUCUGGACUACAAACUCGUGCCUACAGGGACCGAGCGCUUCUUUUUAACUCAAGAGGUUCGAGAAGAUCUCAGUCUUUGCCUGCAAAUGCUGCCAAGAAGAAAGAAAAGAAGCGGACUUGGACCACUACGUUUGUGUGCUUGGCGGAUAGGCUCGCUGUCAAAGUUCCCUCGUCUUCAGAAAAGCAAAUUUUGCAGAAAGCAGGACUUGGCAUUAAAAGAAUAAAGUUCGAAGCCGACAAUGACGAAAAAGCUGUUCUGGAAACUAUUACUUCAUCCGAAGUAAACAGCGAGACCGGCCAAACAAUUGGAUUUCCGAAACUGAAAGAAUGUGGCGGUUUUGAGCUAAUGAAUUGCAUAGCAAACUGCAGAAAUCUAAGCACUCUUGAUUGUGCAUGGUCCGUAAAGAGCCUUAAAGCAAAUAUUGGUGGACAAUCACGUAUAUAUUUGAGACCAAUUCAAAAGGAUCUGUGCACUGAACCUUUGACCGAGGAAACUCCUUGCGAAAUCAAAGAAAAAUGCAACGUUUGUGGCCAAGAUGUGUUGGUUCGGAAUUUGCGCACACACGUUUAUAUGUGUUCCGAAGCGGAAAUUAUUCACAGCGGUUCUGAAAGUGAAGAAGGGUUGCCAAGUUCUUACCAAGUGGAUCCCCUUCCUCGACCAGAAGAGAGUUCAAGCAGUGCCAGUGGUAAUCCAGGGGCAAGUUCAACUGCAGAUUCCGAGCAACCGGUUGAACUUUUGGAAAUUCAAAACUUUGACGUACAAGAUGUCUCAGAAGAAUCCGUUGAAAGUCUCAUUUCCGAAAUCGUAGAAUAUUGUAGAUCAGAACAAAUAGCUGAUCCGGUCGAAAUUCUGAGGUACUACCAAAGUAAAUUUGUGCUUGGCAGAGCCCUUGACAUUACUGAUCCAGAUGAAAUCUGUGAAGGAUUGACAAGUUACAUUUUAGUUGACAGAGGGAAUAUUUUGGCAACUUCUUUUGAUGAAAUAAAAGAAAUCUCAAACUUAAGGUUAACUCUGCAAGUUAAUUUCUAUGGAGAGGUAACAGUAAACAGUAUAUAUAAACAUUUGAAUAAUAUUACUAUGAAUCUACAGAAUAUGUAGAUUUCUUAUUUUUGUUAUUUUAUUAUUAUGCCCCCCUCCAUAAGUGACCUCUCUAACAAGCCCCUCCUCCAAAGAAAUUUGUUAAGCUUCACUGUACUUUUAAAUGUAUUGAUAUUCCUUACACCAAUUUGAAAAUUAUAUCAUUUUAAGGAUAAAUAUUUAAUAAGCCCCCCCGCUUUAAUAAGCAACUUCCCAAUUCCUCUUCGAUAUAUAUCGGUGUAGUUUUUACCUGAAGAGGCUGCUACAACAGCCUGUUUCGUCCAAGAGGUAUCAUGAUUCCACUAAUGAUUCCUCUACCAGAUGAUUCCUCUUGGAUGAAACAGGCUGUCUUUUAGGUAAAAACUCCAUUAUCUGCUCUAUGAACCAACAGUCUUUCAAUCAUUUAGUGUGCAGACGACUAUGGUGGGCCACGGAAAGAAUUCUUUCGCCUGGUUCUUAAUGCCAUUAAGAACAAGUACUUCGACAAUGGUUUGAAAAACCACCUAUCAGAAGAUUAUGAAGUUGUUGGUACCAUCAUGGGUUAGAUCUAUAAUAAGUGCUCUGAGUCACAUAGUGGCUAUACAUUUACAUAUAAAUUAUGAUGCCAAUCUUUGUGAUUAUGUAUUGACAUGAUGUGUGUUGUGCUGUUGUGUUGUGAUGUUGUAGAAAUGUAUGUAUUUAUAACCACAUGACAUACAUGCACUAUAGUAGUAAUCAGGCACGGAUUUUCUGGGGGUGGUGCGUCCCCCCCCCCAGAAAUGCUUUGCACCCCCUCAGAGGCAUUUGGCACCGUCCCCAAAAAGUUUUUGCACCCCCUCAAAUUAUACAUAUUUUGAUUUGAUAUUUUCCUAUUUGGUUAUUCUUAUUACUAAAUUUGUAAAAUUACUAAUAUUAUGGUCUCAGAUGCUGCCAUGUAGGCCUAGAAAACAAGUUUUGUUAAACAUUUUUCCUGGCCUUUCUGGAUGUUGCCACCAGGCCCCAGCCAAAGCAAGCAGCAGCACCCCCCAGAUAUUCAUCCACCUUCCCCCCCGAACGAAAAUCCGUCUCUGGUAUUAAUACAGUAAAAUUUUUGUAGGUCUUAGCAUUCUUCAGAAUGGGAAAAUACCGACAUUUCUCAGUGAUGAGGUGCUCAAUGAAUUAUUUGGUGGCCAAGAUCCACAGCCAUGUAUUACGAACAUCAGAAAUGGAUUAUCAAAAUUAGGAAUAAUUCAGGUUAUCUUAUUAUGCAAAAUUUUAGGCAUAGUUCAUAUAAUAGCCAGCUACAUUCACAGUCCAUAUUAGCCAGCUGAGGAUGAACUUUAGCUUUAUUUCAUCGAGAUAUAUUUUCACAACAAAAUAUUCAUUCUUUCCGGGGACAAAACAAGUACAUUCAAACAAUUUAAAGAUCAUUCUAGCCCUAACCCACUGAGGGUUUAACCUUACUAGUGAGUUGAAGUUACUCCCGCUGCUGAUACGAGUCUCAAUCUAAGGGUAUGUGCUAUUUUUAGAUUGUUCUAAUCCCAGUGUAUUCUAUUGUGAUGCCUCAUUUUUUACAAGCACCCUAAACAAUGGAUGGUUUGAUACUGUUUGCAUCUAGUACUUGUUAUUGUAUUUAGAUUGUAGAGCAGCUACCUACCAUGAAAAACCUAUUCCAUCACAAGGAAGAAGUGUUAACAGUGAAGAGAGUAAUCAAUAUCUUCAAACCGACAUUCAGUGAAGAAGGAUCAAAUAAUCGUAUGCUGGAGAAAUCUGUGUAUGCAGUUUUUUUGAAAUACAUUCGAGAAGUUGCAAGUAAGAUUAUUCUGACAAAUCAUUUAAUUAUAUGCAUGUGUGCCUUGCGAUACCCCCACUAAAAACAACAAAGAAAGAAAAACAACAAUCAUGAACAUGGUCAUCAUGCAGCUUCUUAUUAUUUUUUUAAUUUUAGGUGGUAGAAGAGGCAGAUUGUCGCUUGCAAAUAUAUUAGAGUUUGGUACUUGUGCUGACCAGGAGCCUAUACUUGGUUUUUGUUUGCAGCCAACACGGAAAUUUUUUGAAGUUACCACUACCUUCAUCCCAACUGCCAAUACAUGUACCAAUUGUAUUAACCUCCCACGACCAACCGUAAAUAUACCACUUCCUGGUUCUGAGGAAUUGUUUAAUCUGUUUGACUACGCUUUCAUGAACGCAUAUUUUGGAAAUUUGUAGGUUCUUAAUAUUCUUUUACAUAUUGAAUCAUGAACAAAAGACAUUUGCUGUUUGGGUUUUGUUAAGAAACUUUAAUUCUAUACCCUGUAUAGUUUAAUUAGAGUUAAUUAUUGUUUGUUUUUUAAAGGUGAUCUACAGUCCGAUCUGCGCAUGUGCACAAAGGAGCCCACUUUUUAUGAUACAAACAGUUUAACUAUGUUUUGGG